AUGGGUAUUAUCUUCGCUCACUCAGCCGUUGCCAUGCUCUUCCUUUUCUUAUUUCUCUUCUCAUUCCCUUCAACUAUUCUUUCCAAUCGGAUCUUUAUCAAGCUCCCAUUGCCAAAGAAUGUGACAAGUCCUUACUCCUUUGCCUUUGACCAGCUCGGCGGAGGGCCCUACACUGGUGUCACAGAUGGUAGGAUUUUCAAAUAUGGAGGGCCUAAAGUUGGCUUCACAGAAUUUUCCUUCACGGCACCAAACAGGUCCAAGGAAGUAUGUGAUGGCACAAGGGACAUAAAUUUGGGACCCAUCUGCGGAAGGCCAUUAGGCUUGGGUUAUGACCAUUCAUCUAACCAACUGUACAUCGCCGACGCUUAUUUUGGCUUAUUGGCGGUGGGAUCCAAUGGAGGACUUGCAACCCAAGCUGCUACCAGUGCAGAAGGAGUGCCCUUUCGCUUCCUUAGUGGUUUGGACGUUGACCAGGAUAUAAGGCAGGUACUUGUAUCUGGCAAUGCCGCAGUUCUGAGCGACACAACUGGAAGGUUAUUAAAAUAUGACCCACGGACCAGCCAGGUUACCGUGUUGCUGAGAAACCUAUCUGGGGCAGUUGGGACAGCGCUCAGCACUGACCGUUCGUUCAUUUUGGUGACAGAGUUUAACGCUAACAGGAUCCAAAAGUUUUGGCUUGAAGGUACGAAGGCAUCCACAGCUGAAAUUUUAGUUGGCCUCGAGGGAAGGCCAACUAACAUUAGAACCACAUUAGAAAGUUUCUGGGUGGCAGUAAGCAUCCAAAGUACUCCAACAACAGUGCCCACAGCACAAAGGAUCGACCCCUAUGGCAACAUUUUGGAGUCACUCAACUUUGCUGCCCAAUAUGGCUCUAAUCUGCUGAGUGAAGUGCAGGAAUAUCAUGGUGCAUUAUAUAUAGGAGCAGGACCCUCUGCUGAUUUUGUUGGUUACUUCAAGGUUUAA